GCGCCUCGUGACGCGGGAAUCGCUCGUCGAGCGUAUCCUCACUGCGGCUCGCCCUUCGUUCGGUCGUGAACCCCGUCGCGAAUCACACCGCCCGGCUGCCGGCAAGGAGCGGAUUCGGACAGUUUUUUUGCCGAGCCAACGACUAAUUUUCCAUCGCGAGGGAGAGCGCUGACUAGAGAGAGCGACCAAUGGCCGAGCUGCACAUCGUCGGAGAGAUCGUAGGGGCUUCCGGCUUUGAGGAGCGGAACCUAUUCUGCAAGUGGGGCUUGGAGGCGGGAAGCAUGUGGGACGUCGUCGAGGGCGAGGCCGGCGGUCAGACCCACUGCUGCUACCCUCCGGAAGGGGAGCCCUCCGUGGUGUGGAGCCACCCGGUGGAUGUCCACUACGCCGCGAAAUCGCUGGUGGGCUGGCCCAAGAUGUGGUUCCAGGUGUGGCACAUGGACGAUCACGGGCUGAAGGACCUGUGCGGGUACGGAUUCUGCCACGUCCCCACCGGCCCCGGCAUGCACGAGGUCGAAGUGUGCACGUGGUGCCCCGAGGGCACCCCGCUCGAGAAGCUGCAGGCGUUUUUCGUCGGCGGCAAGCCGAGGCUGAAGUACGAGGAGGUGAUCCACUCGCCGGGUGACAGGUUCAGGCUCGCGACGCGCGCCGCGGGGGUGAUCAAGCUCCAGCUCGGCGUGUGCGUCAAGGACUUCGACAAGUACAACGUGGCCCACUGAGAAUGGGGGAGAAGGGGGAUACGCGUCGAACAUUGUAUAAACUCAACUCCAAUCGACACAACUCCCCUCCGAGGCGUCGUCCCACCCGACGCACGCACGCGCCUUCGUCAGAACACGUUGAACAUGGACCCGCUCGGUGAACGAGCGAGCGACUUCUGGUACUCCUCCAUGCGCAUGAGCGUCCACGUCCCGACGCCGCUCUCCCCGUUUACGACUCCCGGUUCGAACCGCAGCGCGAGCGUGUGAUACUUGAGCAGCGUGGACCUGUGACCCACGCUCACGACCGCGGAUGUCGUCCCGCGGAUGCGCUCGUACAUCGCCGCCUCGUUACGCUCGUCCAGUGCGGACGUCGCCUCGUCCAAGAAGGCGCACCGGGGCUUACGCAGGAAGAGGCGAGCGAAAGCUAUCCUCUGCUGCUCACCCGCGCUCAGCACGUCCGACCACUCCAUCGUCGCGUCGAGGCCCCCUUCAGCCUUGAACUUCUCGGGUAAAUCCCCGAGGCCCGCGGCAUCGAGCGCGGCGUACAGUUCCGCGUCGUCAAAGUCCCCGCGCAUCCGCGGGAGCAGGGUUUCGCCGUCGUCGUCCUCAUCAAAAUUUC